CGCCACCGAACUCUACAUAAAUAAAAAAGCGUGACUUUCUUACGUUAAUCACAAUUUCAUCAAAUUAAAUAGAUACUUUCCUCACCUAAUCAAAUCUCUCUCUACAAAAGUAAAGUCAAAACUUUCUCUCUCGUCUCAUACAACAAUAUGGAGAAAGAUUCUUGGGCAGAUCUGUGGGACAACAAUCAAUCGACGGCGAAAACAACCGACGACGGUAAAAGCCGCGGCGGUGGUGGCGGUGGUGCGUCUGGUAAAUACAAAGAGAAGAUGGAGGCUGGACUAGGGAAGACGAAAGCGGCGGCGAGUUCGGGGUUUAAGAAAGUGAAGGCGGGAACGUCGUUGGGUCUUAGCUGGGUCAAAGACAAGUAUGCCAAAACCACCGCCAAGAAGAAUUGAUUUCUUUUGCGUUUCGCUUUCCCAUUAAGUAAUAAAAGUUUUUUUGUAUAAUCGAACAGAUCUGGUUGAUAUCGAAUAUUAUUUGUUUUGGAUUCUU